CAAUUAAUUUAAUGCACUGACCAUGCUAAAAUCACAUUUUAUCAAGUAGUUAUUACUAAAAACUUUAGAUGUAUAGAUUGGUAAUUAUAAAAAGAAAAUAUUUCAAAUUCAAAUAUUUUUAUUGAAAAUAGGAUUUAAAAUUUUUUGAACGACGAAAACGAAUUUAACCCCCAGAAGACUCAAGUUUGCGCGUUUACCACUAAAAAAACCCCAUUUGUCGUAUCACCGCUCUUCGACAUACUGGGUCUCGAAAUUUCGAGCGAUUGCCAAUUUCGUAGACAUCUGGAGGGUAAUGCCAAAUUGGCUUCGAAGAAGCUGGGCGUCAUUAAUAGAGCACGGCAAUACUUUAAGCUGGCCCACAUUCUAGCGCUCUACAAAGCGCAGGUCCGGCCACACAUGGAGUAUUGCUGUCAUCUGUCAUUUGACCGCGUGCAACGCAGAGCAGCUCGAAUUUUCGGGGACUCUGUGAACGGCUGGAUCACUUGGCGUUGCGUAGAGACGUCGCUUCAUUGUGUGUCUUCUACCGCAUUUAUCACGGGGAGUGUUCAGAAGAGCUGUUUAACCUGCAACCUGCAAACUGCAACCUGUGUUGCAAAAGAAUGUGGGCGGCGGUGAUCACUUAACACCAGGUGACCCGUAAGCUCGUUUGACCUCCUAUUUCAUAAAAAAAAAAACGAAAUAAUGUGCCUCAGACCUGAGAAGAACGGGCGCAAAAAACUCAGCGUGCUUUUUUCCAUAUAAAUAUAGUUACAAUGUAAUAUCAUACAAUAAACAUUUAUAAUUAAAUAGCCUGUGGGUGUUUGCUCCAUUUCCAGUCUGUGGUAUCAUUAAGAUCAUUUAUGUUAUAAUAAACUUUACCACACAAACAUUUUUAAAAGUUAUUUUAAAUUUCGUAACACAUUUGUUUUGUAAAUUUUCUGGGAUCAUGUUGUACAAGCAUUGUCUAAUAAAAUGUCAAUUAAUAGGCAUAACAACUUUGUUGCUCAUGUUAACAUUAUGUCUGUCGCAGUUUUGGUUGCAAUUUAUAUUUAUUUAAAAUAAAUAUUUAUAAACUGUUGAUGCCAUCUUGAUGCCAUCGGGCCUGCUCGAUUUGUGAAUGCCCUAGGUGAGAUGUGCCUUAAGCACAGCGCCAUGCCGGAUUUUUACCUCCGGCAUGUAUGGCUCGCUUGACACCAUGCGGUGGUGGUGCACCUUGGUCAUCCAGAGUCGAGUUGGACGCGAAGAGGGAGCCCAGGAGAUCAGCUUUCUCUUUCGCGUCAUAGGCCAGCGAGUAAUCGCAGUGCAGUGGCGGAAUGGCUGGCUGACAGAAGUUUCCUUGGACAGCCUUGGCGAGCGACCAGAACGCACGAGCUCCCGAGGGAAGGCGUGCAAGUCUCUCGCCAAUGCUGCCAAUAUGCUUUGACUUCGCGUCAGCAAUAAGUCUUUUGAGGGACCUCGAGGCAUGAUUGUAGUGUUUUUUAAGUUCGCUGGAAUCCUUAGAUACCACUCCAUUGAUCCAUUGUUGUAUUAUCAGUUAUAAUAAGCUAAUUAUAAUAAGGUUAAUAAAUUAAGUAGAAGCUCUCCCAUUUAAUAGUAAAAUCCAAGUUGAUAUUCUUGCACCCAAUAUGCUACAUAAUAUCUGCACUUUAAAAUAAUGUUACGUUUUCAUUAAAAUUCUGAUGUACAAUAAAUAGAUAACGGGCAUGGUGGCCACAAAACCCAGAUGCUGCAUGAUUUAACUCUCUCCUCUUUACCAUUUGUCAUCCAAAGGUAGGCAUUUUUGUUGUUGGAUUCCCUUAAAUACGCAUGAAAUAUUUUGCUACAAGUUAUACUAUGGAAAUAAGUGUUAAACUUUGGAAGAAGCUAUAGAUACCUUUUUUUCAAGCACUAUAUGUAUAUUCUGUGUGUAUAGGCUAGAGUAAAUUGGCUUCUAUUCAAUGCGCUAGCAACUUUUGCCCUCAUUUUCACUUUCCAUCAAGUAAAAUUAAGAACAAACGAAAUAUGCAUCCUCCCUCGGGGCUUUCUAUAUUUCUGGUCCUAGUGUAAUAUAGCUGAAGCAUAACCCGUGGUGACGCGACGAAAGAGAUCUUUGAUGAAUGGGAGCUCUUAGGGUACUCUUACUCUUGAUGCGAAAUAAUUCCAAAUUUUCCCCGUAAGUUGCCCCCGGAUACCCCGUGAGCUCAAAUAGGGCGGUUUUACAAGACUACAAAAUAGAUACAACAACUUCGUCCACUUUUAGCAUUUACUUAUAUUAUAGCGCCAUAGUUAGAUAUUACAAACAUGUUACUGACAUAAUUGCCAUUUUGUGUACCAAAAAUUGUGACAAAACUUAACUUUUUUUUUAAAUUUUGCUACGAGAUUAUUAACUCGAUAUCGGAUAUCGCCACUUAAUUUAGCUUAAUUUUAGAUGAAGUAUUUAUGUAAAUAACCUACUUCAGCUGCACGCCAGAAAGUUUCUAGUACAGUAGAGGCUUUAGAUACUGUUUAUUGAUCUGGUAAUGGUCGAGCUAAUGCAUGCUAUAAUAAUAAACCUCUGAAACGCAUGAAAAUCCAACAGGCAAUUAAUUACAAUAUAACAUUUCUAUUUUAGGUGCUUCUCAUAUGAAUCGGCUCAUAGAAACACUAUGGCGUCAUCUCCACCUCUUUCUACGAUAGAAAGUAAAACAUUUGAUUGGGACGAGGACACACUAAUAGCACAAAAAUAUGUAAGCAAAAAAAUUCAGUACUGUCCAAAUGUUCUCGAUGACCCUGAACUGAUUGCCGGAAAGCAUAGGACGUUGCUCACAUUUACAUCAUAUAUGACCUCAAUAAUAGACUAUGUUCGACCUCAGGAUUUGAAAAAAGAACUUAAUGACAAGUUCAGAGAGAAAUUUCCCCAUAUUAAGCUAACUCUUAGCAAACUAAGAAGCAUCAAAAAGGAGAUGCGCAAAAUUGCUAAACACGACAGCGGUGGAAUAGAUUUGCUUUCUGUCGCCCAGGCUUAUGUUUAUUUCGAGAAGUUGAUUCUGGCGAAUCUUAUUAACAAGGACAACCGAAAGUUGUGUGCCGGCGCCUGUUUGUUGCUUUCAGCUAAGCUGAAUGAUGUUAAGGGCGAAAUGUUGAAAUCGCUAAUUGAGCGUAUUGAAACAACAUUUAGACUCAACAAGAAGGACCUAGUGAGGUUUGAGUUCGCGGUGCUGGUCGCUCUGGAGUUCGGGCUGCAUAUACCGCCCUACGAAGUGUUUCCUCACUAUCAGCGGCUGCUCCAUGAGUCUUGACCCUGGCGAAGACUGGCCCUCGAGCCGUACACCAGACAUAACCGCCGGCGCGGUAGCAUCGUGGAUAACCUGCGAGCCAGCGUCUGGCUGUAACCUCGAGGUGCUAGAACCAGUGGGAGGCUAUUUCUGCCGUGAAGCAGUAAUGCGCGUAAGCCUUAGAUAAUUUAAAUGUCUACAAAGUCUCUUGCUGUUAGACAACCGAUAAAAACAGUCCAGGAAUAUUAGUUUAGUGUGUGUGACAAGUGUAAGACAUAACACUCGCGAUUUGUACACUUUGUGUUAGUGUGCGUGAAUUGCUCAAAAUAGAGGUUAGUUGUAAAUUAAAUUGUUUCGGCGUUUUCACAGCUGUCAUAGUUUAUCUAGACUAGACUAGAAGUUAACGGGAAAUGAGACUUAACAUCUUAUGUCGCAACGCACUUGUAGUGCCGCUCAGAAUUUUUCGGGUUUUUCAAGAAUCCUGAGCGGAACUGCAUUGUUAUGAGCAGGGCGUAUCAAUUAACAUCAGUUGAACGUCCAGCUCGUCUCGUCCCUUAUUGUCAAAAAAAAAACAUUUUAACUCACGAAUUUAAAUAUGGCCAAAGAUAUUGUAGUAGGUUUAAUAUAUGUAACGUUUUAUUAUUUAAGCACACAGUUGACCAGUCUACCAUUCAGCACAAUUUUUUGCAUUAAUCUUUCUUUUUCCAAACUAUGUAUUACUUAAAUUGUUCAUUGGUAGUUUGAUGAAAACAAUAUUAGGUUAAUAAUUCCAUAAUGUGCAUUAAAAAUAUACGGACAGAAAUAAUUGACUAAAUUUUAUCGAUAGAAACAGAUUUCCGAAUUAUUGACCAUUGGGAAAUGUAAUUUAAUGACGAUACAAUAGUGGUUUUAUGAAUAUUUGACAGGAUAUGCUCAUAAUUCAAGGAUUUUUGAGCUUCUCCGAUGUUUCGACGAAUUUUCAAAUGUCUUGUCACCACUGCAAUCAGCCGACAUUGUACGUUUUAGACUACAAUAUUCGUAAAUAUCCCAUUAAAUACUAUUAAUAGUUAUUUAUGGAACUGUUGUGUAAUAAGGGGUAUUAAAACACGAAUGUGGGUUUAUAGACGACAUACUGUAGUAGAAGUAAUAAUUUAUUUCACAAAUGCUUUGCUUGACUAGAAACUAAUUACGUAAGUAUGAAUGAAUAAUAAUGCUAGCAAAACAAUAUCCCCCAUAUUUAAUAGUCCGCUAACUUAAAACAGCCGCUUAGGAGUGUUUUUUCUCAUUCUGACUUAGGUCAAUAGAAGAAAACAGAGUGAGAAUUAGCAAUGCUUUAAGUUAGCAGACUAUUAUGAAUAAGGGGGUAACUCUAUAAAGUAGGUAGACUUUAAUAACAUACAGUUUUUUAUUCAAUUUAUAAAAGAAUAAAGGUUGAAUGAUUUACGUGAACGUAAAAUACAUAUUUAGUUAAGUACUUAAUUUUUUAAGUUUUUUAUGUUAUUGUACGUAAUUUUUAUGUUUUGUCUAUGCCCCAAUUGGAGGGUUGGCUUAGCGAUAAUACCCGUUAGGUUAGGAGUGUCUGAGCCGUUAUCUCCGAAGGCAUAGCCUGGUAAUUGUAAUAUACUGCUAUUUGCGUAUUUUUUUUUAAUUUUAUUAGGAAAAGCAAACAACUACAACUUACAAAGUACAGGUACAUAAAGAAAUAACAUAUAUGUCUAAUAAAAUUGUAGUCAGAUACGCUAUCCACAUCUUAGGUACUAUGUAAAACUGAGGUAUUCAAUGUUAGGUACAUAAAAACAAUGUUCUUAAUAUUAUGGCUAGUUGGAGUAAAUUAAAUAAACAAAGCGUGCCUGUGCGAAUAAAAUCUCCAACGGAGAUACAGCAUGAAAGAAAAGAAACGCGAAUCUAUUUUUAGAUACUGUAACCGAUUUUGAUUGACAAGUCGUAAAUACUCAGCCACGCUUGAAAUUAGCUCCUUAGUAUUUUGAAUAUUAAACCACUAGCAAACGCACACAUUGAUAAAUCAAUAUUGGUCACACAUUAUCAGGCUGGCAGGUCGUAUAUCCGCUAGUAUAUAAGUGUAUGGUGUUAACUUUUGACUGCUGCAUUUAUUAACGGCCGCUUUCUAUGCUAUCUCUAAUAAUGUCACCUUAGAUUAAGGAUUAGUCUCCGCUGCGCUCCAACUAGAUACCGCAAUACUUAAGAACAAUAGCUUUUUUAUUACGGCAACUAUUAGAUGCUUGUUUGCGUGGCAUCUUGACACUCAAUGGCAUCUUUAAAAAUUUUUAACAUACGCUUCGUGUUAUUUUACAUUGAAAUUAAUAAUUUAAUAUAAAAUACUUACUGAUGAUAAUAUGUGAUCACAGUGUCAUUCUUAUUUCUUGUAGUAUUAUUUUUACAAAGUUUUAGUACGCAACCCGGCAUUUUAGUUUUAAUUAUUAGCAAAUUUUACCAGAACAUGGGGCACGUCAACGUCACAUAUUCUUCGAAACUGGCUCGAGUACGCCCACUUGGGCGUAGUAUUAGUUGCGUAGUAGUAGUUUGCGACUACGCCUGCGGUAUCUACUUGGAGCGCAGCGGAAACCAAUCCUUAAUCUAAGAAUGUCACUCUAUUUUAUUUCCAAAUCCAUAAAGAAUAAUAUAGAAAACGCUUAUCUGUUAGUCAUUGAUAAUAAUAAUAAUUUGUCUUGCCCCCAAUUAGGUCUAUUAGAUAUAGUCAGUACAAUAGAGACUAGAUAAAAAUAUAUAUUAAAUAUGAUAUGUGCACUUAAAUAUUAUAAAUACAUCCAUGAAUCGGAAACAAACAUUUUUACGUUUUUGGGUUUCGAUGCUGUUCAACAAGUUAGCUUAUUCAGUUAGGGUCAUUCAUUGGGCCAUACCUUUACCUUUUUUUACCUUUCUUAUGAUUAUUGAUAUGCCAAAAGCAGGAUUUCGAUUAAAAUAUCAAGUUCGGUUCGGAAUAUACAGAUUGGUCGAAAGAAUGCACUAGCUAUGGUCGCUACAUAUACACGUUUGCUUUAGUUGCGAUAUACAUAUAUUAAAUAAAACAUGCCCUUUAACUACACAAAAUAUUGUGGUUGAAAUGUUAUUUGUGGUGUCAUGAUUUUGAUCUAUAUAAAACUGCAAAACAUACUCUUUGUAUAUUCAUAAGUUGUUAACUGUCUAUCCACAUUAUAGAUGGUGCUGUGUAAGAGAACAAGCUAAGUCAAAAUUAGUAUUACUAUGGUCUGAAACUGAAAGUUCUUAGAAACCCAUAACUGAUUUAACAAACAUGUUAUUAGUUUUAUUUUAUCUUUUCAAAAUGGACACACAUUUACGUCAAUACGUUGCUGCAUCCGAUGGAACCACUGACAAAAGCACUUUGCCCACUGGGCACUUAAGGGUCUAUGACAAGGCCUUUUAAAACGCAGCCAACAAGUGCAUCGGCGUCCAUAAAACGUUUUCCUCGAAGUUUUUCUUUUUUUAUUCGGAAAUAAUUAAAUAUUGCAAGGUGCGAUCGGACUAUACGGCUGGUGACCCAGUAACUCCAAAUAGCCGAUCGUUCGCCUGGCAGUGUGUGAGGAGGCGUUAUCGUGGUGAAAAAGGAUCCUACUGCGAGGUCCUUUCUCCAGAACUUUAUCCAAGGCAAUUGGCAAGCAAUUGUUAGUAUACCGCACUGCAGUAACUGUUUUACGAUCCUGUAAAAUAAUUAUCGUGUAAGGGCCUGUCCUUCCCAAACGAGGCUACCAUCUUUUUCCCAUGCUUUAACCAACUUUCGGAACAAAAUACCUACUGAUCAGACUGUCUUUUGGUUUCCACGACGUUUUAAUUUGCCGCCAAAUCGGAACACAAAUGACAAAUGAAUAAAAUAGAUACUCAAUAAUUUUGGUAGAGUUCCAUUUUCAAAAUUUAAGAUUAUUUUUUUAUUAUUUUGUUAAUCAGUUCAGUUGUUUGGCCAUUUCUAAAAACUUACAGUGUCACUCUCGUAUUAGUUAAGUUUCUGUAAUUCUUUGUUUUUGUUAUGAAAUAAUAUUGUCACAAAUAGGUUAGAUAUAUUUAUAAAGUAAAAAUAUGUUCUUGUUGAGUUGUAUGUAUUUAAUAUUAAUUUUAAUUUGUUUUUGUUUUAUGUUUAUUUUUGUUACUAUUGUUUUAGUUUAAUGAUUUUAUGUUUAGCUGCUUCUGUAGCUGCACGUUAAAACACAUUAAUUAUACAGGUACUGUUACACUCUUCAUAAUGUAUGACCCGACAGUUUAGUUUUUAGUUUAGUGCGUAAACGCUCAGAAUACAGAACAAACCAGGAGUGUUCAAUGACAUUUCUACGCAGCGCAUUGCGUCCAAAAUAAAUGGAGUCAUGAGAGAACACAGUCAGUAUAAAAAAUGUAAAAGCCAUAUGCCAAAGGCUUUCAUACCAUAGGCAUAUUGGGAGUGCUAUGUAGUACUUUUGAAUAGUUUUAAUAAUGUGAUAAAUAAUGCCUUAUUGCAAUAAAUGUACAUAUUUAUAAGCAAAGUAGAAAACUAUAAAAAUGAUCUAUUACUAUUAUGUAUAUAUGAUUCGUGAUAUAGUCUGAUAAAUUUCGUGGACACAGAAGUGGUGGGAAACUGCGUGCGCUCAUGAGCUGUCAAUAGUUACCAAAACUCUUUUUGAUAAAACAUUCCUUGUUAUAUUCAGCAGACCCCUAGAGUGGCUAAAAAUUUACCCAUGACUGUUAAAACUGCAGUUUAGCGCGACUUGGUAGAUAACCAAACAGAAAGAAAGCCAGCCUGUAUGUCGAACACACCAAGUAACCGCGGCAAGCAAAUAGCAUCGUCUUUAUUGCGUCCACCGACCGCCAUUUUGUUUAGUCUUCAGAACUGUGAACUGUCUGCUCCGAGGCGUCACGCUCCGCAAUGAUGGUGCGGUUGUUCAAUUUCAAAUGAAUUUAAAAUAGUGGUAAAUUCUUAAGGAAAUUAGUUGAGAGAUAUAAGCAGUUUCCUUACUUGUGGCAGGUUAUUAAUAAAGAUUCUAAUUUUUUUUUAUGGAAUAGGAGGACAAACGAGCGCACGGGUCACCUGGUGUUAAGUGAUCACCGCCGUCCACAUUCUUUUGCAACGCCAGAGGAAUCACAGGAGCGUUGGCGGCCUUUGAGGAGGGUGUACGCGCUAUGUGGGUGUAUCGCUCCCACAUGUAUUGACUGCGUACUGUGAGUUUAUUACACCCUUUGUUCGUACUACCCCUCGCCAUCCAUUUGAGAAUUAUUGACGAGACGAAGUACUUAAAUACGUUUAUCUAACAAUUGUAAUAUGUUUGUUUGUUAUAUUCGCGGGAACCGUGAAAUUAUUAAAAAUUAUAUUGAAAAAUAAAUUAAUUUUGUUAAUAA